AUGUUAAUCCCUGGCACGCCUGUUGAAGAGGGAGGAAAUUUAGAGCACUUGAAAUUACGUAACAGCUGGGCCAAGAUCAAGGUCGAUCUCUUGGUAUUAAACCAAGAUCAAGGUCGAUCUCUUGGUAUUAAACCUUUGCAAGUCUCCAAUAUCAGUGGUCAAGUGAAGAACUCAGAAUUUAUCUUCAACGUCAUUUUGGUCCUAUUUUCAGGUUAGCGAUACAUUUCUUUUUUACACAAUCAUUCUUUCACCUAUUCUCUUCUAUUAUGGCUUCAUCCAACCCAAAGGUACUGGUAUUUGGUCAUUCCUUUGUGAAGCGCAUGCAUCGGGAUUUAAGAACCAAAUUCGAUGUUUGCGCUGCCCUAAAUUUUAACAUGCACAAUGUAGCUAUCAAACUGCAUGGUGUUGCGGGGAGGACUGUUGACAAAUUAGUUCAAUUUGAUUUCAACAGGGUUACCCAGUUUCUGCCCAACAUUGUUAUUUUAGAGGUUGGGACAAAUGAUUUAACCUUGGGAAAACCCGAAACUGUGGGAUCGAGAAUUGACGAUCUAGUGCGCAUGUUGCUCGGGGUUCCAUCCAUCAGAGUUGUUGAUGUGUGUUUGGUAACCAAUCGGGCCUCUUCUCCAAAAUUUAAUGAGAAGGUUGCGAUCUUGAACCAGUAA